AUGUUCACCCAGGUCCUUACCGCUCUCUUCGCUGCCUCUGCUGUCCUUUCCGCUCCCGUGGAGUUCGGAAAGCGAUCCUCCAACGAGACCAUGACUGGUGGCCGCGCCACUUACUACACCGUCACCGGUACCGGCUCCGCUUGCGAGUUGACCGUCACCGACGAGGACUUCAUUGUCGCUCUUAACAAGCCUCAAUACACCUCCGUCGACAACCACUACUGUGGCGAGUACGUCACCAUCACCAACACCGACAACGGUAACACCGAGACUGCCUACGUCGCCGACGAGUGCCCCGAGUGCAAGUGGGGUUCCCUCGACAUGAGCCCUGCUCUCUUCUCCGCCCUCGCCGACGGCGACUUUGACCUCGGUGUCUUCCCCAUCUCUUGGGUCUGGGGCUCCGACAACUCCACCACCUACAACUCUACCUCCAACUCCACCUCUUCCGCCUAA